AUGGAACGAGAUAUUCGACGAGAUCGCGGCGAAUGGCGCGGGUGCCACACAUUCAAGGACAUUGUUCUGGACGACGACUUGGGUGUGAGGGACACGAAGCGCAACGGCGGCCUGAAGAUGGGGAAUACUUACUAUUACUACUACGAGAUUGAUGGAACGCAGGAGUCGCACAACCCGGCACUGCCAUCCACCACCAAUUGCCCUUACCUUCCCGGGCAGGCUGUCAACACUCUGGACGUCCCUUACGAGGUGGCGGAGCGGAAGAGAAGUGCAUCGUUGGGUUCGCUCCGCCCCGGUGAACAGAAGACGAUGAAUCCUGAAGACAAGUUCAUUACGCCCCGGCCUCCACCACCAGUGCCAGGCGGUCAAAUUCGAAGACUCGGCUCUGCACCAGCCGCACAACCUACUAGGGCUAUUUCCCGAGCCGAUUCUACGUCUCCUCCGCCACCCUGGCGUCGUAUGUUCAACAGGAAGCCAUCGACCAGCCGGCUUGCUGAGCGCGGUCGCCAACACGACGAUGAGGCCUGUCCUUUGUCGCCCUACUCUGGAUCGUCAUCGGACGAUAGCAGGAGCAUGGGUUCAUCUGAGCGAAGCCGCUCUCGCGAUCUCUCCCCAGAGUCGCUACGACGCUUCCUCUCCGAUGAGAACCCGUUUGCCAGCACUCCAUCCAGCGCAUAUGGGCGACCGCCUGUUGCCAUCCCCGAUGAUAUCGCCGAGGAGAACGACGACGACGAGAACUUUGCCAAUUCGGCUUACGAGGUUAACCCUUACACGACCAGUCUGUCGCCACCGCCAUUCAAGCGAUCGCAUUCAGACAGUACCCUGCCGGUAGUGCCCGCGCCGAAGGUCCUUACCCGUGAGAAGAAGUACUCCCCGCUUCCUCCCCUCCCCGUCAAGGCGGUGAGGGAUCUUGCGACGGCACCAUCCGCCUCGCGCUUCUCUUUCUCGUCUGACUCUAGCAUCGCCUCAUCCAUCGGCCCCAUCUCCCCCGAGGAUGAUACACCAUCCUUCUACGACUCUACCGAAGAAGAUCGCGACUCCAACGAGAGCGAGACCAGCUUGGUUCAGCCCUUGUCGCUUCCCAGCACAAGGAAGCCAUCUCUGGAGCAGAACUACAGCUUACCCCGCGCUGCUGGAAUCAAGGUCCACCCCGGCGUACAGACUGUCGUCGCCGCCCCAGUUGACAAUGGGCUUGACGACUUGGUCAAUGAGAUGGGCUGGAUGGUCGACGUUAUCCGAGGCAAGGGCAUCUAA